AAUGGAUCGUUACAGAAAUUCUAAAUAUAUCAAAACAUUUAAGAAACUUGUUUAUUGUUUGCUUUUUAUUAUUAGAUAUAAAAUAGUUUAAAAUAUCAGAUAUAGAUAACGACAAAGAAUGAAAAAAGCAUUUAAAACAAGAAUAGAUAAUCCAAGGAUGACAUUUCUUAAUGUUUUAGAAAUUGCAUCAAAGUAAUUUCAUAUCAGUCCUAAAUUUAAAUCAGCAACUAAUUUUGAUUAUGUCUUUAGCUAAAAUGCUACAGCAGUAAAUUCUCCUUAAGAUUCAGAUGAAGAAUUUUAUCAUUUUAAACCAAGAAAAUCUUUGGUACAAAAAUUAACAUCAGAUGAAUAAUAUAUGCAUAAGAAAUUAUCAAAAUCUCAAUAAAAACUAUAUUUAAUAACUGGAUUGAAUACAGUUUUAAAUUAAUAUGUUACAAAGAAAUUAAACUAAACUCAAUAAAAAUCAAUCAAUUAACAAUAAUAAAAAAUAAUAUAACCUCCAUUACUUUCUAAACAUACUUCUCCUAGAUAAAAUUAAUCAACUUAUUUACCUAAUAUCAAGUUAAAAUAAAUAAAUUGA